UCUAUGGAUGCUUCGCAUUCGCACGCCAUUUUGUACUUUUGUGCGUGUUGAUUUCUUCACAAAAAUGAUUUUAUUGACACAAAUUAUCAAUUUUAUUAGUAUUAUUGAAUAAUUAAUUUAUUAGUGUAGAUUAUUACAAUAAAAAUGGAUAUGUCUGAAGUUAAAGCGUUCAACACGGAGUUAUCCGGGUUGUACGACAAUAGACCGCCUAUAUCAAAGGCGAAAAUGAGUGCUAUCACUAGAGGUGCUAUAAAGGCUAUAAAGUUCUACAAACAUGUAGUACACAGCGUAGAAAAGUUCAUACAAAAAUGCAAGCCAGAAUAUAAAGUUCCUGGUUUAUAUGUGAUAGACUCAAUAGUAAGGCAAUCGCGGCACCAAUUUGGACAAGACAAGGAUGUGUUUGCUCCAAGGUUUGCAAAGAAUAUGCAGCAAACCUUUGCAAACCUGUUCAGAUGCCCUCCUGAAGAUAAGCGCAAUAUAAUCCGUGUACUGAACUUGUGGCAAAAGAACAAUGUGUUUAGUCCACAAGUUAUCCAACCAUUGCUGGACAUGGCCGAUCCUAACCAUCCUCUUCAUCAAGAAAUACAACAGAAUAAUACAGCUAAUGGGAGCAGUCUAAAUUUGACUCACAAUAUGUCAGACAACAAAAUAUCCCCGGUACCCCCACCACAGCACACACCGCAUGCUUCCACACCGAUGGGUGAACAGUUCCAGGAUCAAUCAACGGGACAGUCCAAUGUAAAGUUCAACCGUAAGCUUCUCAACGACUUUGAGUAUGAGAGUGAAGAUGAGCCAAUGGCGUUGGACUCGUCGCCGGCGUCGCAGCCGUCGCACCAUUCACACCAGCAGCUCCAGUCGCAUCAACAGCACCCACCACAGAACCCUGCUGAUGUACUCGGGAGCAUUUUAACAAAUCCUGACAUAAUGAGACAAUUGCAGAGCCUUCAGCUUAUGGCUGGAAUUCAAAUACCUAAUCUUAUGCCCAUGAUGUCCGAUAUGCAAAUGCAACAGAAUCAAAACCAAAAUCUACCAUUUUUGAAUUCACAGCAAGACCAACAGAAACAGAACGAGGCCAAGGAUGAUAUCGCCAACGAAUCUGACAUAGAGUUUGUGGAGACUGGCCCCCAAGUCAUUGAAAUACCUGAUGCAAAUGAUUCGAGGAGCCCGUCCCCCAAGUCUCGACGUCACCGCUCGCGGUCCAAGUCGCGGUCGCGGCGGCGGCGGUCCCGCACGCGCUCGCGGUCGCCGCGCCGCGCCCGCCACCGAGACCGCGAGCGCGAUCGCGAUAGAGACAGAGAUAAAGAACGAGAGAAAUCCUACAAAGAGAGAGAAGCAGAAAAGGAAAAGCAGAGGGAGAGAGAAAAGAAAGGAUUACCGCCUAUUAAAAAAGAGAACCUUAGUGUGUGCAGCACGACGCUGUGGGUGGGGCACCUGUCGAAGCUGGCGACGCCGGAGGAGCUGUCGGACCUGUUCGGCGCGCUGGGCGGCGUGGUGUCCAUCGACGUGGUGGCGCCGCGCGGCUGCGCCUUCGUCGUCAUGGAGCGCCGCCGCGACGCCGCGCGCGCGCGCCUGCGCCUCGACGGACACAAGCUGCACUCCAAGGAGAUCACCGUGGCGUGGGCGCCGGGCAAGGGCGUGAAGGGGCGCGAGUGGAAGGACUACUGGGAGGCGGAGCAGGGCGUGGCGUACCUGCCGUGGGCCGCGCUGCACGCGCGCUGGGCGCUCGGCGCGCUGUCGCUCGACGCGCUCGAGGACGGCGGCGCCGUCGACGAGGACACGCUGCCGCCCUGGCUGCCGCCGCGGAUACUGCCCAAAGCCAUAAUGGACAUGCCGAUGAUGCCGGGCAUACCACCGGUAUCGGGCGCGGGCAUGCUGGGCAGCAUGCCGGCGGCGAUGCCCUCCCUACCAUCACUGCCAUCGCUACCAAACAUGCCCUCGCUACCGCCACCGUCCAUGCCGCAAAUGCAACUACCCGGGCUACAGGCCGGCCCCGCGGCUACCAUGGCAAUGCAAGUACAGAGGAUGCCUCCGCCCGGCAUGGCGGCCGGUAUGCCCCCGGGCAUGGCGCCGGGCAUUCCGCCCAACAUCCGACCGCCGAGCAUGCCCGCCGGAGUGCCAGGGCUGCAGGGCGAGGCGGGGCUGCCGCCGGGUGGGCCGCUGCUUCGCUUCCCGCCGGCCAUGCCGCCACAGCCCGGCAUGGUGAGCGGAUUCCUGGGCGGGCUGCUGGGCGUGGGCGGGCUGGUGGCCGCCGGCCUUCCACUGCUGCCGCGCGACCAGCACCCGCAGCAUCCGCAGCACCCGCAGCACGCGCAACACCCGCAGCAUCCACAACACCCGCAUCUACAGCAGCUGUCUCACCACUUGCAGCAACAGACCGCCGUGAGUUCGGUGAACGCUGCCGAUGAUGCCAUGGAGCUGGAGGGCGAUGAACUGCCCCCCGUCCCGGCCGUCCCCGCACACGCUGCCCCCGCCCCCGCCCCCGCCCCCGCCGCCGCCGCCGCCGGACCGACCGUACCCCCGCCGGAGGCUGCAGGGUCCGGGGCUGCGACCCACGAUGACCCGUCCUCAUUACACGAUCAGCUCCAAGCGCUGCUAUCGAAACCACCGCCGGAGUUCAACUCGUCGGAGCCGCCACCGGGCUACAAGGUGAACGAGCCGCCGCCGUUCGCCGGGUCGCAGCCGCCGGCCGACGACAAGCAGGACGACGACCGCAAGGGCGACCGCGACCGCGACCGCCGCGACCGCGACCGAGACCGCGACCGCCGGGACCGUGAGCGCCGCGACCGCGGCGACCGCGCCGACCGUGACCGCCGGGAACGCGACCGUGGCAGGGACCGCGACAGAGAGCGUGAUGACCGCCGUGACCGCGACCGAGACCGGGGGCGGGACCGGCGUGACCGCGACCGCGACCGGGAUCGAGAGCGGGACCGGUUUACGUCGAGGGACGGUAACAGAGAACGCAGCAGAGAGAAGUCCCCGUCGCGCAACAUGGCGAACAUGGAGCAGAACCCUGAGAAGUCACUGCAGGAGCGACUGUGGGAGAUGGCCAACGGCAAGCCCCGCGACGACGGCGACAAGCCCCGCGACGACUUCGCCGACGGCCGGCGCGGCGACGACGGCCGUGACCGGAACGAGCGGCCGCCGCUGCUCGACCGCAUGCCGCCCAUACGGCUAGACAUGCCGCUGCCCGAUGAAGGAGACGCGGAGCAACCGUCGUGUGGUGCCGUCGGCGGCAGCGGAGGCGCCGCGGCCGGCGGCUGGACGCAGCUGCCGCCGCCGCACCUGCCGCCGCCGCACCUCGCGCCGCCAUUCCGAGCAGAACUGAGAAUGAGAGGACCGCCCAGACAACCUAUGCAAGGGCCAUGGAUGGACGGUCCCGGCCCGGGACCAGGUCCAGGACCAGGCCCUGUGGGCUUUGGACCGAGAUUCAACGGAAUGGGACCGCCGCCUUUCGCGCGACCGCCCUUCGAGAGGCCUCCUUUCGAGGGAGGACCAAUGUUCGAUGGUCCGCCCAGAUUCGAACCACCAUUCAAUAGAAUGCCUUUCGACGGAAUGACUAGACCACCUUUCGACGGCCCAAGGCCACCUUUUGACGGCCCUAGACCACCGUUUGAUGCAUCCAGGCCACCGUUUGACGCAUCGAGACCACCAUUUGACGGAAUGAGACCACCCUUCGACGGGCCCAGACUACCGUUUGAAGGGCCUAGACCACCAUUCGACGGGCCAAGACCUCCAUUCGAUGGGCCGAGACCACCUUUUGAUGGAAAGAGACCUCCCUUCGAAGGAGCUAGACCACCCUUCGAUGGUUCCAGACCACCGUUUGAUGGAAAGAGACCACCAUUUGAAGGGCCGCGACAAUUUGACGGCCCAUAUGAAGGAGAUCGUCAAUUUGAUGGUCCGGCGAGAUUUGAUGGACCACCAGAGUAUUUCGAUCGCGGCGGUAGACGGUUUGAUGACCGUGAGCAGUUUGGAGAGCGAGGCUGGAAUGGUGACCGUGACAGGGACCGCGACUGGGAGCACCGCGGCGAAUGGGAUGAUCGUAGAAGGGAUCGUAGAAACAGAGAUCACGAGGAUCGUUUCAGAGAUCGUUCGAAUCGCGGUGAACGAGGAGAGCGCGGUGAUCGCGCUGACCAUGGCGAUCGCCCCGAACGUGGUGACCACACUGACCGCGUUGAACGCGCAGAUCGCGGCGAUCACAACGAUCGACCAGAACGCGGUGACCGUGACCGCGGCGAUCGGAGUGACCGUGGAGACCGUGCAGACCGAGGUGAUCGCAACAGAAGGUCGUUCGAACAGGACCGGACGCGGCCGCCCCGCGAAGAACGGAAUACUAGAAGAGAUAAAGACAGGAAAUCCAGAUGGGGAGCUGCCGAUGAAUCUGCUAAUGUUAACGAGAAUCAGAAUCAAGCAGAGGAAAGUACAGAAAAUAGUGAAUUUAAUGUAAAUAGUGAAAGUAAUGAAAAUUAUGAGAGUGUUGACACUAGUCAUGAACAUGUUCAGAGUAAUGAUAACAACAAGGAGAGUGUUAGCGAAGAGUGUUCAGAACCUGCACAAUCCGAUGAUAAAAGCAAUGACGCAAGUUAUGAACCAGUUUCGAAUGUGUAUAAAGAGAAUGAUGAUCUAGUUUCAAAUGAACAAGAAAAUAAUGAAACUCUCGCCAAUGAUCAGGAACCUUUAAGGUGCCUAACAUUGAAGAAAAUUACAAAGGUUCUGACAUUCAAGAAAGCAUAAAAGAAUCUAAUGUUGAGGAAAGCUUUGACAGUUCAGAUAACCACGAAAGUUAUAAGGGCUCAAGUGAACAAAACAAUUCUGAUGUUUUCAGUAUGCAGGAAAGUUUUAUCGCUAAAUCAAAUGAGCAGGAGAGUGAAAACAAAGAAUAUGACUACAGUGGUGAUGAAAGGGGCGGUGAUGUCGCAGAAAAUAGUUAUAAUAAUGAGGAAAGUAAUCCACAGAAGUCCCCAGAAACGAUGGAAUGUGAGGCUCCAGAAAAUAUACCAAGUGCAAAUGACCUUUACGACGAGAGUGACGCCAUAGACACUAGUUUCACAUUACAAACCCCUGUGGACAAUUCAUCAAUAGCUGUCGUCGAAAAAGAGCCCACAUUCGAAGUGGCAGACAGCUCGAAAAUUGUAGACAUGUUCAGUCCAGACAAAGAACUCGCGGAAGCGAAGGAGAGCGACAGCAGCGAAGUGCAGACAAGCACAGAGAGCAAGGAAGGAGUAGCUUGACAGCGGCGGAGAUGGAAAGUCGGGUAUUUCCAGUGGAAAUGAUUCGGGUGACGCGAGCGGGCCCCGAAGAGGACACGAUAGUGGCACGCCGAGUUACAGCUAUGUCUUCUAACUAGAUUAUGGUUGUCAUAUAUUUUGUCAAAGUUUUACAAGGAACAUAUAGCUUUAACUCGGGCGGCCGACCGCCGAUGCGCAUAACGCCAAAGAUUUUUUUUUUAUACAAAGAACAAAGUUGAAAUAUACGAGUGCCUUAUUGGUUACCGAUGUGGUGUUUUGUUUGUCACCGGCACGCUGAGAAGAGGAACGCGCCUGGGCGCUCAAGUGGAGCGACCCGGGCCAGGUACGGUUGCUAAAUCAUUUAUACGCGCGUCUAGAACAAUUGCACUCGAACGGCCCGAUGUUGCGACACGAUCACAGUUUCCCAUUUCACACUAUCCGGUAUGCUUUCAUAACGCGCUGUCUCUAUCUGCCCUCUCGCUGACAGAGUAAAUGCGACUAUAUUUUUGUUCUAUUAUUGCACUUAUUCGAGUUUAUUGACGUGUUGCAACAUUAUAUAAAUUUAUAAUACAAACUGCACAGUUGUACUCGGCGGGCGUAAUUUUUUGUCGUUAUUUCAAAAUGUCGAAAUGAAGUUUUCUCUCUCUCUUUUUUUUUAUAUUUAUAUAUAUAAUAGUGAACAUUUGUAUAAAUUGACAUUUAUAUUUUAUAUGUAAAUGUAUGUGAUAUACUUGCAUCACAAUUAUCUUCAAUUCGACAUAGUUUAAUACCGCUAGCAAUGUGUGCAAAAUACCUCGACGGCGGCCGUGUCACCCGAAUCAACUGGAAACGUCCCCAACAAACGUGCAAGAGGAAGAUGGAACACAUUGUGUAGUAAUACCCGGCGCAUAUGUUCACGUUUUACUGUAGAUUUAAGUUGUUUCCCUUUUGUUAUCUCGAACUUGGUUAUAUAUGUAUCGUGUAUAACAUGUUUUUAUUCUUUGACUACGUGCUAAUUUAAAAAUGACACAAUAAUAUUUUAAUGUUAGAUUGCUCUUUCAUAUUGAUUGAUCAAUUGGUAGAAUUUUUUGUCGCUUCGUCUUUAUAAUGUUCGGUGAAGGUACAAUAUAUGGUUUAAAAAAAUUUUUUAAAUCUAUUUGAUAGAUAUUAUACGUAAUUUUAUUAAAAAAUAUAUAUAUACAUAUAGGAUCAAAUUGUAGCUAUACCUAUCAUAAUUUAGGUUUGUUUAUAAUUUUACAUCUCGAGAUAUACUUAGGAGCUACUCCAUGCUGUAUGCACGGACUAAUUAUAUGUAACAUAUUUUUGUAAAAUUCAAUAUAAUUAUGGGCUUACUGAUAGGAUAGUUUCUACAGAAGGUUACUGGCAGCCCGCUCUGUGUAGAUAAGCAAUUAAAAUAAAUUAAAUGCAUGCUUGGAAUAUUGUCAUUGUGCUUAAAUAAAAAUCUUUCUAAACUCA